AAGCUGUGGAGAAAUAUUCGUUGGUACAAUAUUCUCCUAAAUUAAUAUCUAAAAUGAAGAGACGACAGACAAUGGAGCGUGUUAUAUUGACAUCAUCCGUUAUAAGUAUAACAACGUCAGAACGCGCUUGUCGGAAUAGACAUGGAGCAUCAAAUCAGGACCCGCAAUUCAAAGCAGUGUUGAAUAUUUCUG